AUCAAAUUCCUGCUACCCAUAAUAAAUAUGAUGAUGUUGUAUACAAACUUUCAUUAUGUAUUUUGAGGUUGGAUAAAAAAAAUGAAUUUGGUAGAGUUAAGAUCUUUAUUAAAUAUUUUAAAUCAUUAAGCAAUUCUGGACCAAAAAAAGGAAAACAAGAUUAUAAAAUAUUAGCUAAUGAAAUUGAAAAUGAACUAUCAGAAAAGUUAUUUUCAUCUAUUGAUCAAAUCUAA